GAAAAUUGGUGCUUACAAACAAGCGCCAGAAUGAUUGCGGCAGCAAUAUGUUUUUGCCUCUUGUUGCGGCCCAUGCAAUCGGCAUCGACCACAAAGGCAGCUAAGUUGCAGAAAUGCUCCAAAGGGGAUUGCUCCCUGCACGAUUCAAGACUGAGGAAUUUCCUCAGCUCUGCUUUAACGGAUGAUUUCUCAUCAGUGUUGGCAACCUCCGCAGUUUCAGCAUUUGUUUCAACCAAUGUAGAGCUGGGAGACGUUUUUUACAAGUGCGGGCGUCUCUUCUACACCAGUCACAAUCAAGGUCGUUUUGGUGAUGCUGUUCUUACAUGCGCCAAAAAGAAAAUGCAACUGGUGGCAGUGGAAGACGGAGCGAACAACAUGAACUGUCUGGUGCCUGAUUUGGAUCAGAUGUCAAUUGAGGAACAAAAGAACCAAAAAUACUUUUUCAUUUGGACGAGCGGAAUGGCUGAGGGGAUUAACUGCGGAAACGCAGCGUACUCGUGGUGCGCCGGCAACAAGACCCGCAUCAACGCCAAAGCUCUCGACCUGCCUGCCGAAGUGGAUCGCAAGGAACGAUGUCUUGUGCUCUCCAGAAUGACCAAAUCCCUUGUCCGCAUGAAUUGCGGCGAGAAGAAUUAUUUCUUUUGUGAAUAUAAGUGCAAAUCGGUGUUCUGCAUGAGAAGCGAGGCUUGCGUUAUUGACAAUACUUUCUUCGACAGUACGAAAAAGAUAAAACGCCGGUUGUUGAAUGGCGUUUGGGCUGAUUGGAUUAAGCAACCUGGGAUCGACCAAUUUUCAUAUACGACCUUCAUAUUUGGCCACAAAAAGGUUUCGUGGACGGAAAAUAUGAAAAUGUGUUGCAGAAUUGGAAUGAAACCUGUCAGAGUCACAGACGAUCUAAUCAUUGCUCUAAAUACUGCAUUCAAUGAGAGCAAUUUCAUAAAUAUUUUGGACGAUAAUGGUUAG